AUGGGGAACUCCCAGGGAGCAGCCCAGCUCGGGAAGUGUGGGUAUCGAGUACUAGGGGUGCAGCCGAACUCUCCAGCCUCUAAGGUUGGACUCGUCAGCUUCUUCGACUUCAUCGUAGCGGCAGACGGGGUCCUGCUGGAAGUUCUCGACAACACGUUCAUCGAGAUGAUCAAGGCCUCCGUGGACAAGCCGUUACCCCUCACCGUUUACAACUACAAGUCCAUGACGACAAGAGACGUUACCAUAACGCCCUCGAGUUCCUGGGGGGGGCAGGGGAUGCUUGGAGUGACGAUUCGCUUCGACACGUACCACAACGCCGACGACAAUCUGGUGAGAGUGCUGGAGGUGGUGCCCGGGUCGCCGUCGCAUAUUGCGGGGCUCCAGCCGGAGCACGACUACCUCCUGGGCACGGCGGAGAGAGUCUUCAAGGACCCGGACAUCUUGUUCGAGGAGGUCACCGCCCACCUCGACCAGCCCAUGUCCUUCUACGUCUACAACACCAAGACCGAUGAGGUCCGAGUGGCGGUAGUCCUGCCGACGAACGUUUGGGGCGGCGAGGGAUGCCUGGGGGCGGAGGUUGGACACGGGUAUUUGCACAGGCUACCCCAAUCCUGCCGGAGCUCUACGGCAACCAGCGUUAUCAAGGGCAUGUGCAUUCUCGCGGCGGAUGCGACGGGUGGGGGCGGGAAACAGUUGUCUUACACUGCAGCUUCUCGAAAAAAGCAAGACCCCAACGGUGGCGUAGCGCCGGACGGGUUUACAACAGCAGUAACGGGAACAGAUGGGGGCCCAGCAGAGCAAGGGGGUGCAGGGGUAGGGGUGCCCCCGGGGGGGGCUUUGGGAGGCGCGGGGAACGUGAUUGAUGUUGACUUGUCUGGGUGAAAAAGGGUGCGUCGACUUACCCCAUUGAGGCAAACAACCGACGAGUGAGGUCGUGGCGUGGCCGCACGAGAAGCCACAGCGUGUGUAUGUGUUCUGUUUGUUUGCGUGUAGCAUGUGUGGCGUUUUCUGCUACUCAAUGGGGCGGUGUACGAUUUGGUUGAGUGGAGCGAGGGCGAAGGGUUUGCGUAUGGUCAUGCAGCCAUGCAUGCUGACGAGCCCCCGUCCGUAGUGUCAUGUUUUGUAUUUGUAGGGGUUCGGUCAACAGCCAGCUCGAGCAGCAAUCCCGAGAAUUGCUCUCAACAGUGCGGCGGGGCCGGAGCCAACGUGAUGCCGGGGUCCCGGAGGACUGAGCCGUUAUUGUUUCUUGGGGAUGAGGGUGGUGGGUAGCCUUGUGUGUUUUUUUGUUGACCCCCAUCUCGCCCUAAAGCCUUUUUUUGUGUUUUCAGGUCGCGCGCUUCUCUUCACUUCCCUUGCGCUUCUCGAAUGGCUGUGCGACCUCUGGCUUUCAUAGGUUCCCAUCUUGUUUUCUCUCUCCGUGGCGUUUUUCUCCAGGCAUGGAAUCGACGAUGGUCUUUUGGUUGGACGUGGUCCUCGAGGAUGGCGACGUUUUUUUGUCCUUUCAGAAACUAAUCAAUUUUCCUCCA